GUUUAGAUUUGAUCAAUUGAACAAUUAUUGGUUGGAUAGCUGAGUGGUUAUAUUUGUUUAGGUAAUAAUGUACACUUAAAUUUAUGAUAAAUUAUAGAACCGUCAUCGUACCCAAUUACUUUGUUUUGGUUUCAAUCGGGCGAGGGUGCGUAUCUAAUUCAUCCAGACAGCUGUCCUUCACUCCAAACCGUAGUUUGGAUCUUACAGUUCUAAACAAAUAUUUCGGUCGAAUUCGUUUGGCUUUCGUUUCGUUGAUUCCAAUCAUUGUCUCUGGGAAUAUUUGGUUGUUCGCUUGCGAUGCCAAACAAUCGUCGAAGGAAAUUAAGUCCAAGGCUCGUGGAUGUUAAAAGAGAUGAACAAAAGGAUGGAUCCCCUCAAUCAAGGAAUGCUGCGUUUACUUUGCAAAUCCUUGUCUUUACACCUGUAUCGGAUCCUCCUUGUUCAUCGAUUAAGCUGCCCAGGAAAGUGAAUGUUUCCAACUCUUUAUCAAGACAUCAUUAUGUCUAUUAUGCUCACAAUCAAUUCAGGCGCGUUUAUGAAAAGUUUACAACCUUUCGCUAUACGCGUUACAAAAAGGUACAAUCAGCGACAUCAUGGUGGCUGGCAAUAUGCAUUGAAGCGAAUGAACAUUAAUCAAAUGUGGAUUACCGAACUCCUGACAUGUAACUGGUCAUUAUUCAAAAUUUAUCGUCACAAUCGAUCGAGAUAUAAGAAAAGGAAACUUGUUGAAAUACUUUAUGCUGAGAAUUCUAUAUUGUACCAAAAAUAUAAUGUUGA